AUGGCGAUUUCUCUGAAAGCUCCUUCUCUUCCAGGAACGAGAGCUUCUUCUCCCUUACUCACUCGUCGACCGGCUUUCUCUCCUGUGAAGUUUCACCGAAAGCUUCGUCCUUUCAUAGAUGACGCAUCGUUUUCUGGACAGAGAGUGAGUUUCCGCGCGCGAACCAUUGUUAGAUCGGUUUUGGAGACGGCGAAGAGUACGAAUAUAGAGAAGUCUGAGCCUCCAGUGAGACUGGUAGCUCUCGUCGGGAAAGAAGCAAUUAGCCCACUCAAUUCCACCUCAUGGAAGGAAGUUAUGCUCCACACUGCAAGAAGAUUGAAAUGGGUUGAUGAAGGAUAUGAAUUACUCGUCUUUGAUGAUGAAAUUCUGAAGUCAAGUGAUCAGAGAGCUGAGAAUCUGAAACAGGAACUGAAUCAGACUGAUAUUUUGGUUGUAGUUGCUGUUAACAACUCAGAGUCUCUGAAAUGGAUUCAGACAAACAGCAAAAGCAUCAACAACAUAAUUUGCUUUGAGUCUAAUCCAGAUUUGAUGAACAGGCUCGGAGGGACUGAUUUCGGAAACGGCAACAAAGACAAAGAAGCAACAGAGGUUGUGAAGACAGUUGGAGAUGCUUGGGAGCGUCGUAACUCCGAUGAUAUAAGAUUCUGUUUGCUUGUGAUCAUCAACGCUUACAUAAGACCAGUUCCUGUGUUGCAGAACCUGAGGUCAAAAGGGUUCUCAACACUUAGCUGUAUGGUGAAAAACUGUGGACCUCAGAUUUUGAACUGUCUCUUGGAUCCGAAUUGUCGUAAAGCUCUUGUCUGUUUGAACAAAUGCAGUCCUGUGGACCAAGUUUGUAGCUACAGAUGCAUUGCUUCUUAUGAGAGUCCUUAUUUUGAAGCCUUCUCUCUUUGUGUACUACAGAAACAUAACUGUCUUGAGUUGGAUGCGAAGAUCCCUGAGAAGCCUUAUGUGCCUCCCAUGAAGAGUUUCCGAGGGAAGGAGUUGUGUCAUGAGACAGCGGAGGAUUUGUUUGUUGGUUGGUUAGGAGAGUUGGAGUGGAGCUGGCGUGUCGUGGCAGGACAAAACCCGGCUUAUGAUCAGUUUCCAUGUCAGUAUCAGCUAUUCUACAGAGGGAAAGGGAAGUCGUCGUUUUGGUAUGAGCCUGUGUUUCAGGUGAGGACGCUUGAAGAGAAGCUGGUGUGGAGAAGGAGAAGAUACUCGGUUAAGAGAGGGAAGGUCCCUGCAACGUUCCGGUUCAGUGUGUUGGAUAAUGGUGUGGUGUCGAAUGAGGUUUGGACUAUUGUGGAUGUGUGUGAUGAUUUGAGUUGGGGGCUGUUUCAUUACAAUGGAGCGGCUCGUGUUGCGGGACAGUCUUACACUGGGGCUGUGCUCGUGACACCGGAUGGUUCUUAUCCGGAAGAGAAGGAGAAGGAGAGAUUGCAGUCUGCGUUGGAGAAGUGUGGGAUUAAGGAGUGGGAGCUGUUUGCUGUUGAUAACUGUUCUUGUGAGAAUCCGCCGUUGGGGAUUCCAGAAGGAUCUAGACUACAUUCAAGAAUCAGCAUCAUCGAGGAACCAGACUCGGCUCAGCGCAUAGAGAUGUAA